AUGGCAGGCCCUGAAUUGGCUGAGUGUCUGCUGUCCCACUGCAGGAGGGGACACGGAGCCUCGGCUACUCCUCGCCCCAAAGAGCGGCGGAGGGACGGAUGCGAGGCGUUGCGACGCUGCCGCAGCCCCGCUCCUCCCCGGCCAGCUCUUCCCUGGGAGAUUCCGCGUCCCCCUCCCCCCUCCCGGCCCUUACACCCCCGCCACCAGCCGUCCCCAAUGAGCGGCGACGGCGGGAGUAAAGCCCGCCCCGGGCGCCCCCUGCGCCCCGCCUGCGGUUCCCUCGGGCGAGGGCGGCUCCAGCCCGGAGGCGCCGGUACCCAGGGCGGGCUCUCCCGCGCCUUGUCCCCUCUUGUCCCCUCCACAGGCAUGGGGCGCCAGGCGCUCCUUCUGCUCCUGCUGCGGGUGCUGGCCGCGCUGGGCGGCCUGGGGGGCUCCGAAAUGGGAGCCAGGAGCUCUCACGGCUUUGCUUCUUGGCCCUCCAAAGCAGAUGAAGUCAAGUGUAACCUGACGAGGCAAGCUGCGUGUGGUGGAAGCUGCAUUCCUGUGGCCUGGCUCUGCAAUGGAGAGCAGGAGUGCCCAGAUGGGACCGAUGAGCAGUGUGAGGAAAUAUGUCACGGACAUCCACAGGCCUGGCAGUGUGAUGACGGGAAAUGCAUUUCUGUUAGCUGGCUUUGUGAUGGUGUUGGUGACUGCUUAGAUGGCUCCGAUGAGGUUGACUGUGAGAGAUUGACAGGGUGUCCAGACCAAAAAAUCCAAUGUCCAGGAAAUUCUCAGUGUCGUGAUGCCUGGGAACUCUGUGAUGUCCAUAAGGACUGUGAGGAUGGGUUUGACAAAGCGCGCUGCCCUCGGAACCAUUGCCUGGCUGGCCAGUGGCAGUGCAAGAACAAGGUGUGUGUCAUGGAUAGCUGGAAGUGUGAUGGCAUCGACAACUGUGGGGACUCCUCAGAUGAGGAAGUCUGUGCUUCCUGUCCAGAAGGCAUGGUUAGAUGUGAUGAAGGCAAAUGCAUCCUAGAAUCCCUGAUGUGUGAUGGGGAAGCAGACUGCAUGGAUGGUACUGAUGAACCCACUACAUGUGGUAAAAACUGCUCUCUGGCCAACGGGGGCUGUGAGGGGCAGUGCAGUGACACACAGUGGGGUGUCCAGUGUUCAUGUGGAACUGGAUGGCAGUUACAGCUGGACGGUCAGAGCUGUGGAGAUGUGGAUGAGUGCUCUACGGCCUACAGUCCUUGUGGCCAGCUGUGUCAUAAUACACCAGGCUCUUACUCCUGUGAGUGUACUCAAGGUCACCAGCUCUACAAUGGCACCGACUGUCGAGUUACAGGUGAUGCUGUUAAAAUUCUUAUCGCAACAGACCAAGAGCUUGGUGUCCUGAAUCGAAGAACAGGCAGUUAUGAGACUCUGAUACCUAUAAAAUCAAGGCCAACUUCUGUUGCAUAUGAUCUUGAGAGAAACAUGUACUUCUGGGUGGAUGAAGUCUUAAAUGUUUUUGUCCUUGGGAAGCCAAACUCUGUUUCCCUCUAUCCAGAACUUAAAACAGUGAACAGCAUCUCUUUGGACUGGGUCACGGGGCAGUUGUAUUGGGCUAGCAGCCUCACAAGAGUCAUCUAUGCUGGUUUAAGUGAUGGCAGAGGCUACGUCAAAAUUUUGGAAAAGGACCUGGUGCCAGAGCAGCUGAUAGUGUUUCCUGAAAAGAGGUCCUUGUACUGGGUAAAUCGAGGUGAGAAAGGCAUGAGGACUAUUGAAACUGCAGGGAUGGACGGCUCUGAUAGGAAGGUGCUUGCGGUUGUAAACAUGGAGGAACCUGUAGGACUGACACUUGACCAUGUGAUGGGCAGGCUCUACUGGAUCAGUAAAUAUAAAGAGUCCAUAGAGACGGUAAACGUGGAUGGUACCAGAAGGCACACCUUUCCUGAGAUCUUCUUGCCACAUGAAGAGCCAAUAGGACUAGCUGUAUUUGAGAACUCUUUCCUCUGGGCAAGUAAAAUACAGCUGUUUCAUACCUCACCCCAUGCCCCAAAGAAGAGAGAGGUGCUGCUGAAUACCUCCAUAUCUGCUUUCUCAGUCCUCCACAAAUCCAGGCAGCCUAAGAGCAGAUACCCAGCAUGUGUUCCAGGUUCUUGUAGCCACCUGUGUCUCCUCUCCCCCAUCCAUCCCAAGGGCUAUAAGUGUGUUUGUCCAGAGGGGAUGUUUCUUUUACCUUCUGGCUCGUGUACUGAGUUAAAACUUGUCUUUUCUUCUGGCAAACGUCUCUACUUGUUGAAAGUUGGUUUUAUGGGAAGUGCUAUAGAGAAGACCCUAGUUCAAGAGCAUCCUGGGAACAUCUAUUUACUAGAUAUUGACUGGAAAAGAAACCUCAUCUACUGGACAGAUGCCCAGGGACAACUGUUGUACUCAACUGGCUAUUCAGGAGAAAAUCACGAGAUCUGGACAGAGCAUACAGUCUGCUCAGCAAGUGUGGACAUAUCCACUGGGGACUUGUACUGGCUCCCCUGUGACAGAAGUGCUAUUCAGAAGACUAGAAUCACUGGCCCAGACACAGAUACCCUGUACAGAACGGGCAGCAUUAUACUGCAUCUUCUUCUUGAUUGGCCAAAGAGAAUGCUCUACUGGGUAGAAAGUGGGAAAUACUUGCAAAGUAUGACCUUCGAUGGCAAAAACAGACAAGAAGUCUGGAGAGGCACCUGGACAGCAGAAACCCAUGUGGCCUUAGACCUCGGUGCAUCUAGCAUCCUCUGGACCACCAAAGGGUUAGGGUUGCAAAGUCUGAGUCUCCUAAAAAAUAGAACCUACACUUUGAACAAGACCUGGAGUGACGGCAUUAUAGCGGCCCAUGAGCCCUACCUGGUGACCGUGAACAGAGCAGCUCUUAUGCUGUGGAACAGGAGGAUGGUGGAGCCCUUCUCGGUGUCAAAAGAGCCACACAUCAGGAAAAUGAUCAUCCUGGCAGAGGACCAGCAGGUUCCUGAUCCUGAGGCUGAAGAAGUAGCCACAACCACCCCUCCUACUCGUCCUCCACCACCCCCUCUACUUUGCACCCGAUCCUCUGUGCCCUGUCGGAAUGGGCAGGAAUGCAUUUCUCGGGAGAACCUCUGCAACGGCGAGCCGGACUGUCAGGAUGGCUCGGAUGAAGAGAACUGCUCCCAGUUCUGCAACAAACCAGGGGUCUUCCAGUGUCUGGAUGGAGACAAGUGCAUUGAGGAGAAGUACCACUGUGAUGGGGCUCGGCAGUGCUUGGAUGGCUCUGAUGAGUGGGACUGCUGGAAGCCCACCGAGGAUUGUUCUCUGCGUUGUGACAACAAGACCCGCUGUAUCCCUAAGAGCUGGCUUUGUGAUGGCCACCCAGACUGUGCUGACAAAAAAGAUGAACAAAGAUGUAGUAAGUUCCAGGAGACUUCCUUGGAAUAUAUUUUAAACUGUAUUAUGCAUGGUACUUAACGUUCUAUAAAGUUGCCACACAAAGAGUGAAUUAGUGAAUAUUGAAUCAUUGUUUCUACAAAAAUACAGAGUGGGGUUUCUGUGAGUCUCUGGUCACAACGUUUUGGUCAACCAAUCAAUAUAUAACCCUGUUUUGUGUCUGUUUCUGUUUAAAGACAGCUUAAUGUAUAUCGUUGUCUCAUUGACAUUGAAGUCACAGCCAAUAGCACUGUAACUCCUGCCUGAACAGAGCUUAUAGGACACAUGUAUUUUCUCCCUGAGGCACAUCAUAGACUUCUUGCACCUAAGAACACUAGACAGCAUUUCAGCACUGCAUUCAGGGGCCAUUUUAAACAGCAAAAUCAGCAAAAAGUAUAAAAAUGGGAAAAGCAUGGUCCUAAGUAGACUCCAGAAAGGACACUUGUUUAUAGUAUGAGAGCUGAAACAAGAAAGCAGAACGUUGCUUUGUUCAACCUCUACUGGAAACAUGUGUGUCGGGCAACUCAAAUUUUUGCUGCUUUGUGUAUCUCUGCAAAUGACCAUGAAAGUGUGCAAGUGCUGAGUUUAGGGGUUUCAAAUAAAUUUGAACAAGUAGGUGAAUGUGCAAAUACUGAAUCCACAAAUAGUGAGGAUGGACUGUAGUUACUGCAGAGUUAACAGACUAAGAUGAAAGUUCCUGAGUUGGAGGGACCUUGGAUAUCACACUGUAACAUUCCCUUUUCCAUGACAAGAUUUCCAGUAGUGGAAAACCAGUCUACUUACCAAAACAAAGUAGUAUUUCUUGUUGAGCUCAAAUCUACCUCCUUGAAGAUUUUAAUUUUGGUCCUGGGUCUUCUCAUGUGAUGAGCCAUCUUAUGUGUAGGUGUUAUCACUAUCUCCUCAUUUUUAUGAGAUACUCACACUUUAUUUUUAUUCUUCUCAAUGACAUGUUUCAAAGACCUUCAUUGCCCUGUGGGCAUAGGAUAGAGAGAGAAUUUGGAGACUUGAAGUGGGAAGAAGAGGAGGCUGGGUAAGGUACCAUGAUAGAUUUAGAUGUGGAGGUGACCUGGCUUAUGGGAAGAACAUCAGGGAGAAAGAGAUACAGGAAGGAAGUAGAGAAGAACCCAAGGUAUAAUUUACUUUUCAAUACGUAUUUACAGUUUUGUGUAAGACCUGAUCGUUUUUUUUGAACCAAGUCAAGCUACUUCCUUCUGUAGGCACUGAGUCCAAGAACAUAAAUUGUAGAGUAUGUUGGAUGUUGUGGGAGAAUUUCUCUUUUCAUGGAUGAUAUUAAGGUCCCAAAGCUGAAUCCCCCUACCCUGCCUUUCCCACAGUCCUUCCACAUGUCCUCCCAUCGCUGUCCCUCAGGCUUUAUUCUCCAGGACAGAGAGGAUUUUCUGGGCUAGGUCAGUAGGACUUUUCUGGCCUAACACGUGACUUGAACUGCCUUCUGUCCUAUCACUUGCUGGGGCUGAGUUUCCAAGGCGACAGCAGAAGGCCAGGGAGUCUUCAAACCAUUUUACUUGCCAUUGAAUCACUUCUACAUCUACCUGAGUUCUUACCUAAAG